AUGGUUCGCCAACGCGCGCCCUCGACGGCCUCGACCACCUCCGCGUCCGCCGUGCGCGACCAGGAGCUCGGGAGCAUGUACGACUACCUCGCGAAGAUCAUUCUGCUCGGGCCAAGCGGCUGUGGCAAGUCGUGUUUGCUGCACAGGUUCGUGAAGAAUGAGUGGCGGAUUUUCUCCUCGCAAACGAUUGGCGUCGAAUUUGCCUCCAAGAUCAUAAAGGUCGGAAGCGGUGCACGUAGGAAACGAAUAAAGCUCCAGCUCUGGGACACGGCAGGAACCGAACGAUUCCGCUCCGUUUCGCGUUCUUACUAUCGCGGUGCCGCCGGUGCCAUUCUCGUCUACGACAUUGCUUCCUUCGCAUCCUUCAGAGCCCUCCCUACCUUCCUGAAUGACGCCCGCGCCCUCGCCUCUCCGCAACUCACCGUCAUCCUUGCUGGAAACAAGAAAGACUUGGAAGAUUCGGAAGCGCAAUAUGAGCCCGAACCAUCGAUAUUGGACGAGCCGAUCCCGACACCGUCGAGCGUAAAUAGCAGGGCUGCUUGGGGAUCAUUAUCGUCAUCAAGGAGCGCAUUUGGGGCACAAACCACGGUUACUGUAGCUCCAGAAGGGCGCGAGGUCUCCACAGAAGUGGCCUCACGCUGGGCCAUAGAUGCGUCUAUACCUGUCUCGGUCGAAGUAUCGGCGCUGUCAGGAGACAAUGUCGAGGAGGUGUUUUCUCGCCUAGCCAGAAUGAUCCUCACCAAGAUCGAAAUUGGAGAAAUCGAUCCCGACGACCCGCAGAGCGGCAUCCAGUAUGGCGAUAGCGGUGGCUGGGGGGCAUUCUACGACGAUGACGGCAGCAUCAAAAGCGGCACCACAGACGGCGGAGGAACUCGGAAAAGGCGCAAAGGCAAGCGCCGAGGAGGAGCGCUCCUGUCGGGGGUGCAGGAGUGGGAAGAGGUGUUUAGGAUCUCGAAUUCGCGGAGCCGCGGAGGGUGCUGUUGA